UAUGCCCAAAUUAACAUAUAUAUAGAAAUAGUUCACCUAGAUGAUUGUAUAAGAGCCAUUUGAGGAGUCUGGAGAGGCAUAGAUGGGAGGAAGGGUGAACAAGAGGAGAGGCCGAGAGCGCGAGUGUGUCAGUCAGCUGAUAGGAAAGAUGGGAGCCAACGCGAUCCCUAUUGGUGUGGUGACGGCAUUUUUCGGUGUGGUGGGCCUCAUACUGCCCUUCAUCGUAGGCAGGGGCCCAAACAAAGGAGUGAUUCAAGUGGUGCUGGUCAUCACGGCGGCCUCCUGCUGGCUCUUCUGGCUGCUUGCCUACAUGCACCAGAUGAACCCACUCAUUGGACCACAGCUGCACAACACCACUGUCAUUGCCCUGCAGUACCUAUGGGACCACAACCUGAAUCUGACGGAACUGGAGAACACAACCGACUUCACCACUGUGGACUUCACUGAAACCUCUCCUGUCACUGCCUAGCACCUGUGAGGGAAGCAGCAGCCAUGUGUGUGUGUGUGUGUGUGUGUGUGUGUGUGUGGGGGAGGGGGGUAGGCCGAGGAUAUGUCUGCCUCCCUCAUCAUAACCUUCAGUAUCUUGAGUUUUAAUUAGUGCCUUGAAAAAUUACUAAUUUUUUGAAGGAUGUCAUUUUACAGUCAGUUGGAAAGAUAUUGUGGUGGUUAUUCAUCUGUGGGUGUUUGAAAUGUAGGCCCCAGCACAAAGUGUUUCAAAACAUGGGCUGAGAGAUGGCAGGAUAUAUAUGUAUGUGUGUGUGUGUGUGUGUGUGUGUGUGUGUGUGUGUGUGUGUGUGUGUGUGUGUGUGUGAGACCUGGGGCAUGACAAGAGUGGUGCCUUCUGGACAAGUGGUUGUGUUAAGAUGUGUUAUACUUUUAUAGAUCACAACUGUUGGUUUUUAAAGUUUUAGCAUUUGUGUUGGACUGUAUAUAGUUAAACAAUAACAUUUACUAGGUUGGUAGAACAUGUCUUCAAAAUAUCCACCGAAUGAACAAAAGAUUGUCUUCACACCAGCCAGAUACCAGGUAUGUGAGGAGUCAGGCAGGUGUCCAUUAGAGUGACAGCACAGCACAACACAACACAGCAUGUCACAAAGGUGUUGAGGUGUGCAGUGUGUGGCAGUGAGGGGCCGUGGUUCACCUUGGACUGUGCACCACACAGGCCCUUCAUUGCUGCUCACUGCCUGCCACCUGAGUGUGUGAGGUGUCUUGAGAACACACACACACUAGUUCAGACUCACACACCUGCCUGGCUUGCUUCAGGAACACACUCAUCACUGUCUGGUUCACACUGGUCCUGGUGGUUCCUAGGGACUGAGGUGCAAUGAUCAUAGUAACAUAUUUAUGCAGUACUGUAGCCUUUGUAUAUAAGCCAAACUAAGCUAAGACUGGUAACAAUGGUUGGUAAAUCAUCAGUAGCAGUGGAGAUGAUGGAAGAGUCCCUGGCUACUCUAUGCCUGCCAUCCUGCACCUCAACACUCUACCAGCACUCCCACUGUCCUGCCACAUUCCAUUCUCUGGGGCAGUGCAGUGGGGGAGCUGAGGUGCCAUGCCUAGGAUGGCAGUGUGGGGCGGCAGAGAAGCCAAACACAUCCUGAUGCUGCUGCUACAUGAGCCUUGCCAAAUAUGUAAUAAAUCUAUAGGUAAUAAAGUCAUAACAUUACAUUAAAUAAAGAAUUAAAAUUAC